AUGGAAGGAAAAGGUGGUGAAGAAGGUUCCGAAGAUAAGAGUAUUCAGAAGACUCUUCAGAAUUUGGAAACCAUUGUACAAGUUUUAGUACAGGAGAGAGAGGACAAGAAGCGAAGACGUGCAGCUCGUGAGAACAAAGGAAAAAGACCAGGAGGUGACCCUGAGCCUCCAAAAACACCCCCAUCUCCUUCUUCUCCUUCUUCCCCAUCUUCUCCCUCUUCUACUCAUUCUGAGUCUUCUUCUCUUUUCAACAGUUCACAUAAGCCUAAGAUUAAAUUGGAUGUAAAAUUUGAUCUACCAAAGUAUUGUGGGGAAUUAAAUGCUGAAAAAUUAGAUGAUUGGAUUCAACAGGUUGAAGUCUAUUGUAGAGUCCAAAACCUCUUAGAUGAUGCUGAUAGGAUCCAGUUAGCUACUCUUCAGUUAGGAGGUACAGCUCUAACCUGGCAAGGGAAAGGUCAGUCUGUCCAGGAUUACACCCAUGAAUUUAGAAAGAAGGCUAUUGCAUUAAAUGUUGCAUUGUAUACUCAGGACACGUUGCUUAAGUACAUAGGUGGUCUUCACUCUUAUCUGAGACAUUCAAUUUUAGUCUUGAAUCCUAGUAACUUUGAUGAAGUCUGUGUCCAAGCCACACACCUAGAGUCAAGAGGUAAGGGUUCUUUUAUUGAUAAGUCUGAUAAGAAGCCAUCUAAGUCUGAGAACAAAUCCCAAAACAAAGGGAAGGGGAAAAAGAUAGCUACAAUGAAGAAAGAGGGUGAAAAACCCACAUGCUCACAUUGCAAGAAAGAAGGGCAUGAUGAUUCUAGGUGCUGGAAGCUGCACCCUGAAAAGAGGCCAAAGAGAUAUGGUGGAAAAAAAGACAAACAAAAGACUGUUGCUAUAGUUCAACAGGAUCUUAGAUCUGACUCUGGAGAUGAGACAAAGAUCGUUGCUGCUGGAAUCCAAGGUAAAGAAAAAGGUAGAUCUCUCUCAUCAGCUACAAGUUCUUCUAAUAUAAGUGCAAGUACAAGUAAAGAUUCUACUCCUAAGAAUGAUAAGCAAAGGAAUGAAUUAUUUCAUAUUCGGGUUGUUAUCAAACAUACUAAAGUUGAUACAUUAUUUGAUACGGGUUCUCAAGUUAACUUGAUAUCUGAAGAAAUUGUUAAAAAGCUUAACUUGACUACAACACCUCAUCCGAAACCAUACCCUCUGGGAUGGGUUUGCAAUGAUGCACGAUUGCAAGUAACUAAACAAUGUAAGAUAAGAUUUGCUAUCACUGCAAACUUUGUAGAUGAGGUAGAAGCUGAUGUAGUCCCUUUAGAUAUUUGUGGUCUUGUACUUGGGAGUCCCUAUUUGUAUGAUCGACAGGCUAUCUUCUAUAGAGGGGAGAACAAAUACCAUCUUUUUAAAGAUAAGGUUGAAUACAUUGUACGGGCACAUAAGGUAAAGACUAAUCUUGCACUAGUUAAUGCGGGUCAGAUGAAAAGGUUAGUCAACUCUAGUAAGAACUUUGUAUUAAUGCUUGUAAAAGCCAAAGAGGAAGAAACAUCUGAGGCAUUUAAAGGAUGUGAUCCUAAACAUAAGGCUGAAAUGGUCAAAGUUGUUUCCGCUUACGAUGACUUGUUUCAGGAACCAAAAGGAUUGCCUCCUAAGAGAGAGAUACAACAUGAGAUCCAGUUGCAGCAGGAUGUGCCACUUCCAAACAUUGGCAUGUACCGGUUAUCAGUCUUGCAAAAUGAAGAUAUCAAAAAGCAGGUUCAAGAGUUGGUUGAGAAAGGAGUUAUUCGUCCUAGUACAUCUCCUUGCGGUUCUCCUAUUGUGUUGGUUCCAAAGAAAGAUGGGACUUGGAGAAUGUGCAUCGACUACAGGGCUCUGAACAAGAUAAUGGUAAAGAACAGGUAUCCUCUUCCUAGAAUUGAUGAUUUACUUGAUCAGUUGAAACAUGCUAUCUAUUUCACUAAGCUAGACCUGCGUAGUGGAUAUCAUCAAAUUCAAACUGCAGAAAAUUAUAUUUGGAAAACUGCUUUUAAGACUAAACAAGGACUGUUUGAGUGGUUGGUUAUGCCCUUCGGGCUUUGUAAUGCACCAGCUACAUUCAUGAGAGUCAUGAAUGAUGUCUUUCGUCCUUUUAUUGAUGAUUUUGUCAUAGUCUACCUAGAUGAUAUUCUUGUAUUCAGCAAGUCUUGGGAAGAUCAUGUAAUUCAUGUUAAAAAAAUCCUUGAUGUAUUAAGGAAAGAAAAACUUUUUGUAAAGAUGUCUAAAUGCGAGUUCGCUAAGACAUCCUUAGUGUACCUAGGCUAUGUCGUAGGGAAUGGUCAACUAAAAGUAGACCCUGCAAAGGUCGAUUGUAUUGUAAAAUGGCCUAAGCCAAGUACAGUCACAGAAUGGGGAGGUCCACAACAGAAGGCUUUUGACACUUUGAAGGAAAAGUUGAGCACCGCAACAGUUCUGGCUUUACUAGAUUUACAUCAACCAUUUGAGAUUGAGAUAGAUGCUAGUGGGUUUGCCAUGGGAGCUGUACUCAUGCAAGGAGGUAAACCAGUCUGCUACCACUCUGAAACUUUUUCGGGAGUAGUAAGUAACUAUCCCACUUAUGAUAAGGAACUUUAUGCUUUAGUUCAGAGUGUUAAGAAAUGGAAACACUACUUAAUGGGCAAAGAAACUGGUAAACAUGUAGAAGAAAAAGAUUACUAUGUGCAGGAUAACUUGUUGUACCACUUGGGUAAAUUGUGUAUUCCUAAAGAUGAGCAGGCACAGGUGAUUCGAGAAGAACAUACCUCUUUGAUUGCAGGGCAUUUCGAGGUAAGUAAAACAUUGGUUCAAUUACAGAAGUAUUGUUACUGGCCUCGUAUGCAAGAAACUGUUACAAAGUAUAUAAAGGGAUGUGUAAUGUGUGCAACCAGUAAACCAAGUAACAGGAAAUUGGGUUUGUACACACCAUUACUUGUACCAUCCCAUCCAUGGGAAAGUGUGUCUAUGGACUUUGUGGGAGGUUUACCUAUGUCUAGGAAGGGACAUGAUUAUUUGUAUGUUGUUGUUGAUCGAUUCAGCAAAAUGUGUAUUCUAAUGCCUUGUAAGAAACAGGUCACUGCUGAACUAACAGCUCAUAUGUACUUCCAAUUUGUAUGGGUUCAUUUUGGGUUACCUACUUCUAUUGUAUCGGAUUGA